GAAACCGCAAAACAACCUCUUACUGGAACUUUUUGUAAUUUAUCCAAACAACACCGACGCGCUCUCUCUCUCUCUCUCUCUCUCUCUCUCUCUUCCGUUCUCGAACGAACAACACCCCUCCAUCCAUAACAAACCCUAAUACAAAGACAUAAUCCAGAAGAAGAAGAGAAAAAAACUAAAUCUGAAUACAUUUUCUGCCCCCAUCCAUUUUCCAUUAUCAAUCUUCUUUUCUCUUCAUAAAUCUUUUGUGGAUUUGUUGUUUUUGUGGUGAGGAUGAUGGGGUCUCUUCAAGCAGAUCAGCUCCAACAAUUGAAAGAUAUAUUUGCAAGAUUUGAUAUGGAUUCAGAUGGAAGCUUAACCCAACUAGAACUUGCAGCAUUAUUAAGAUCAUUAGGUUUAAAACCGAGUGGUGAUCAGAUUCAAGCCAUGCUAUCAAAUAUAGAUGCGAAUGGGAAUGGAUCUGUUGAAUUUGAUGAAUUAGUUUCAGCUAUUAUGCCUGACAUGAAUGAAGAGAUCUUGAUAAAUCAAGAACAAUUGAUGGAAGUUUUUAGAUCUUUUGAUAGAGAUGGAAAUGGAUAUAUAACUGCAGCUGAAUUGGCCGGGUCAAUGGCUAAAAUGGGCCAGCCAUUGAGUUAUAGAGAAUUAACAGAGAUGAUGAGAGAAGCUGAUAUUGAUGGAGAUGGUGUUAUCAAUUUUAAUGAAUUUGCUACCAUUAUGGCUAAAUCUGCUGCUGAUUUCCUUGGUCUUGCUGCUGUUUCAUAGUGCAAAAUCAUCACAUCACCUACUGGUAUGUGGUAUGUCGGUUGAUCAUUCUUCAUCAUCAAUCAAGCACUAGCAAUCUCAUUUUAAUUGUGAUCAUCAAAUUCUUGUUCAAAAAAAUGACUAACAUCUAUGGAUUUUACUUGUUCUCUCUUUUUUUUUUUUUUUUUUUAAAUUAGAUUUUGUUUAUUAGUAUUAAUUUUUAAUUAAUUAGGAGUUUUAGUGUACAUUGUGGAUUUGGUUCUAAUUUGUAUAAAUUUCAGAAAAAAAGACUGAUUCAAAUCAUAUUGUUUAUGUUUGUUUCAUUUGGAAUUCUUCUUUUACUCUUCAUCUUAGAUUUGUAAUUUUUCUUUUCGCUUGUAAAUUAAACAAAGGAAAACCACAUUCAUUUUC